ACCCCCCAUACCAACCCAACCCACCACCAGACCCCCAGAAUGUCACACUCAAGAGGAUCUUCCCGACUGACCAUCAUCGUAGCGGCCACCCAAUCCAUGGGGAUCGGCGCCGGAGGAGGUCUACCGUGGAAGUUGCCGGGGGAGAUGAAGUAUUUCGCUCGAGCUACCACCGGAUCUUCCUCUUCUUCCUCCUCCUCACCCCACCCACCUCCAUCCUCAACCUCCUCGCCCCAAACAGCCCAGUGGAACUCGGUAAUAAUGGGCCGCAAGACCUGGGAAUCCAUCCCCCCCAAAUUCAGGCCUUUGAAGGGGAGGCGGAACGUCAUCAUCAGUCGGGAUCCUGCGGGGGUUGACUUAUCGGGAUGCGAACAAACGACCGCAGUAGGCUCGUUGGAAGAAGCUAUCCGGGCCGUCUCUUCCCCUACCUCCACCUCUUCUUCCUCUUCUUUCACCUCGCCAUCACCACCUACGACCACCACCACCACCCAAAUUCCUCCCCCCAACGCACCCACACCUCCCCCCGCCAGACCCACCCACGUAAACUACCUAAUAGGCGGCGCCCAACUCUACACCCUCGCCCUCCAGCACGACCUCGUCGAUCGGAUCCUCUUCACCCGGGUGUUGUCCCCCGGGUUUGAAGGGGUGUGUGAUGUCUUCUUACCUGAUUUUACUGGGGGAUUCCGAAGGAAGAUUGGGGAACGUCAGGACAACGACGAGGACCAUGACCAUGAAAAUAACAAACAGAACAAAGUGAACAAAGAGGACGUUGAGAAAGCCAACAGCAAAGAGCAGGAGGAAAAGGCGUCCUCGGUCUGGAAGUUCAAACAACGCCCGCACAGCGCCUUGGAAGAGUUCGUCGGGUUCCAAGUCCCCGAGGGGGAGGUGGAGGAGAAGGGGGUGAGGUAUAGGUUCGAGCUUUGGGAGCGGGAAGAGUAACGAGUGCAACGUGCGCUCGAGCGGUGUGAGGUUGUCUCAUGAGAAUCGUCAUAGCGCGAGCUGGGUGGAAUAGUUUUGUUAUCGGUAUCAGCUAGCAGCUAGAUGAGAUGGCAUGUGACUCUUGCGUUUUUCACCAUCGGGGCGUGAGAUCGACGUAUACGAUAUAUGCCGAUGAUGACAGUGUGCAGUGUCUGACUCGAUCGAGACCGG